AUGAACUGUGCCCUGUUCCUGCUCUUUCUGAUUGGCAUUGUAGUCGCUGGCCCAAAUCUGAUGUGUCGAAAUGACGCCUACUGCCGGGGCGGACCGUUUGCCGGGCAGCAUCUGCACUGUGUCCGGCUCGUUGAUAAUUCGUUCCGGAAGCUGUGUUUUGAGCUACCGUAUGACAGCUGCAUCCGAAAAAUGAAGCCUGUACUCUUAUUUGUUACCGUACUCCUUGGAUUUGCCGUUUCUGCCCCAAAUCCGGCUUGUACGAACGACACCUACUGCCGGAGCGGGUGGUACCAGGGCAAGCACUACUACUGUAAGGCGAAUGCCGUUGAUGUUAAGAAGAGCGUGUGUACGGCACUGCCCGAUAACCUCUGUGUUGACGAUAAGGACUGUCUGGACUGUCUGCACGAGACGGAAUGUCGCUCCGACGGAGAGGACGUCUACCACAUGCACUGUGGAUCCGAGCGGAAAUGUCGGCUGCUCUAUGAUGGCGAAUGCCUGGAUUCCUACGACUGCAACUGGUACGAGGGCUGCUACGACUAUUCGGGCCACCAACCCGGAAACUGCGGAUAUAUGAAAUGGUCA